CGGCGCGGCGCGCUGGGAGGGAGAGCCCCAACAGCCUAGAGGGCCGCGCGGCUGGAGGGCCUAGGCGGCGGGAGCUCGGCGGCGGGUGGCGGGCCCCCUUGGGGCGGGCCUGGCCGGGCGGGAGGUGACCUACGCGGUCCUGCGCCCCGGGCCUCAGACCUCUCGGGCAAGCGCGGCGCGGUGCGGUGCAGCGCAGGUUAAAAAUCAAGAAAUAUAAACCAGAUGUAGCAGUUUCUUGACAUGGAGAACCAAGCCCAUAAUACAAUGGGCCUACUUCAUAUGGAAAUUGGAAGUGAAACAGGAAAGGCAGAUUACCAGCUACCACUGUGGGUGACUGAGUCAAAUCCUGAUGGGGAAUCUCUGGAACCCACCACAAGUCACACCCUCCAAGAGUUCUCCCAGCCAAGGAAAACAACUUCUCCUUGUGAGGCUGAGCUUCAGGAAUUAAUGGAACAAAUUGACAUCAUGGUAAGCAACAAAAAAUUGGAUUGGGAAAGAAAGAUGCGGGCUUUGGAGACACGAUUAGAUCUUCGGGAUCAAGAAUUGGCAAAUGCACAAACUUGUUUGGAUCAGAAGGGUCAAGAGGUAGUGUUACUUCGACAGAAAUUGGACAGUCUGGAAAAAUGUAAUUUAGCAAUGACUCAGAAUUAUGAAGGACAACUACAAAGCCUAAAAGCUCAAUUUUCCAAACUAACAAAUAGCUUUGAAAACCUGAGAUUACAUCAGAUGAAACAAAACAAAGUUCGACGAAAAGAAUUACCACACCUUAAAGAAGAAAUACCCUUUGAACUGAGCAAUUUGAACCAGAAAUUAGAGGAAUUUAGAGCAAAGUCAAGAGAAUGGGACAAGCAAGAGAUACUAUAUCAGACUCAUCUGAUUUCUUUAGAUGCUCAACAAAAAUUAUUAUCUGAGAAGUGUAAUCAGUUUCAGAAACAGGCACAAAGUUACCAAACUCAACUAAAUGGUAAAAAACAAUGCUUAGAAGACAGCAGCUCUGAAAUUCCUCAUUUGAUAUGUGACCCAGAUACCAAUUGUGAAAUCAGUGAAAGAGAUGAGUUCAUUAUUGAAAAACUAAAAUCAGCUGUGAGUGAAAUAGCACUAAGCAGGAAUAAAUUACAAGAUGAAAAUCAGAAGCUCUUGCAAGAACUGAGAAUGUACCAAAGACAGUGCAAGGCCAUGGAAGCAGGUCUCUCAGAGGUGAAAAGUGAGUUACAGUCACGUGAUGAUCUCUUGAGAAUUAUAGAAAUGGAACGAUUGCAAUUACACAGAGAAUUAUUAAAAAUAGGAGAGUGCCAAAAUGCUCAAGGAAAUAAAACGAGACUUGAAUCAUCUUAUUUGCCUUCUAUUAAAGAACCAGAAAGGAAAAGAAAAGAGCUGUUUUCAGUGAUGCAGGAUCAACCAAAUCAUGAAAAAGAAUUGAACAAGGUAAGAAGCCAACUCCAACAGGAGGAAGAGUACCAUAGCUCUGAGCAGGAAAGAAUGAGGAAUGAAAUCUCUGACCUAACAGAAGAGCUUCAUCAGAAGGAGAUCACUAUAGCAACUGUCAUGAAGAAAGCGGCCCUUCUGGAAAAACAGUUAAAAAUGGAAUUAGAAAUAAAAGAAAAAAUGUUAGCAAAACAACAGGUCUCAGAUAUGAGAUAUAAAGCUGUCAGAACUGAAAACACACAUCUAAAAGGAAUGAUGGGAGAUUUAGACCCUGAACAAUACAUGAGUAUGGACUUCAGUAACAGGGAACAUUCAAGGCAUACAUCUAUUAAUAAACUGGAAUAUGAGAAUGAAAGGCUCCGAAAUGAUCUUGCAAAACUUCAUGUCAAUGGAAAAUCAACAUGGACAAAUCAAAACACCUCUGAAGAAACAGGAAGAUAUGCCUAUCAAAGCCAAAUAAAAGUGGAAAAAAAUGAAGAGAGACUGAGUCAAGAUUGUGAGCCAAAUGCAAGUACAAUGCCUCCCUUGCCACCUUUGACAUUUCAAAUCAAAGAAAUGACAAGUCCUUUGAUUAGUGACAAUGAAGUAUUCCCACUGAUCCAUGUAUUCUACCCAUUGGAAACACAGCACCAUAAAACAGCCACUGGUUUAAAGUGUAUACCACAUCCUGAAGAAAGGCACCCCAACCUCACAGGAUAUAAUCUCCAAGCUGGUGCCUUCGCUGUGCCAUCAAGAGCUCUAUCAUGCUAGCAUCCUCUGGAUAGUGCUGUGUGUGGUUAGGACCAGUGGAUACCAUGGUCAUGCCCCCACUGCCAUACUCUUCUGCUAUAAAGUAGGUACCUUUACUAUUAAGCAGGAUCUCAUGUCUGCAGAUCAGUGAUUCUGUGAGCCCUAAGAUAGUAGUGCAGACAGGAAAGGCAAACACGUAGAAUGCAUAUCCAUUCUGAUAAGGAUACAGCAUUGCCCUUUCCAAGGUACAAGGGACCUAAUGCAGUCAGACUGCCACCAAGAGGCUGGUUGAUCUCCUUGAGGGAUGAUGCCAUAUCAAGAGCUCAGCUUUGGUUUCUAUUGUAAGCAGGUCAGACAUUUAACAGCAACAAUAGCUGGAUUACCUUUGAUUAAAGGGGAAACCAUGGUAUUGAGCCAAUGCAUAAUUCCUACUGGGGUAGCCAAAGACAGAGGCUGUAUCAAAUCAUCCUGUCCACUUGCUAGAUGCUCUGUCUCAACCAAGACUCAAGAGCAUGAUAGGAAUUGUCUUGCAAAUAGUAUGCAGGUUUCUGCUACAGAUGGCAUAGCCUUGUGCCAGAAUCUUAAGGGUCUGCAACACAACUUUCCCACUGAAACUUGCCGGAGGCUCCGCAAGGCAUUCCUCUCUACCAGAGAUUCUUCUAGUAUGGGAUCUGCCAAGUCAUUUGACCAAAGUAGCAGGACUGCUUGAACCCUAUCCUGAACCUACUACACAGCUCUUUCUUUCCAGAGUUCUGGGCUUGCUCAAAAAAGUUUUUUUCUGUGUCACCAAAUAAAUGAAUCAGAUUAUUCAAUUAUUUGAUUCAGGGGUGGAACAUUUUCAAAGUGCAUAAAUUUUUGCUUUACUAGGAUGUUCUGAAUGCCCCAUAGCAGUGGACACCUAAAAACAACGUGUCAAGCCCCAAUCUUUUAUAGGGUUUAUCUUUCACUCUCUGGAGUACAUGCAUCUUUCCAUGCCUUUAACAUACUUGCUACUUCUUGCUCAUCAAGUCUCAUUAACAUGAUGUGUUAAUAUAUGAUGUUCCAUGUGAUAGUCUUUGCAAUGUCCAGAUGCGCAAGGCCCCUUCAGGAUUUAUUGUGACAGCUUCAUGAACAUAACAUUGGGGCAAAACCAUGGAUGUAUAUUGUUGGCCACCCCAUAUGAAUGCUAACUGCUUCCUAUCCUCCCUUUUAUUACAUAGUAAAAAGAAUGCAUUUGCCAGAUCAAUAGUAGCAUACCACCUACCCCAGGCUGUGAUAGUCUUCUCUAGUCGAAAUACUGUCCCUGACACAAAAGCUAGUUUGGCUACUAGUUGGAAAGUGUUCAGUACUCCAUCAUUUGCAUGAUCCCUAGUUUUGGCCUGGUCCAGAUUGGUGAACAAAGUCCACCUAUAACAAGGUUCACAUUUAUACAGAUUGUUGACUCCCUAAACUUCCAUUCUUCCUACGAAAAUGAAAAUCAAAGAAUAUAGUAACCACAGAACUGUAAAAUUAAAGUACAAAUUUCCCCAGUGAAGAAAAAGUACUUAAUUUUUGUAUGUGGCUUUUUAAAAUGAAGAAUUGUAAAAUCAUCUGAUGCCCUUUAUUCCUUAGCCACAGAUUUUUAUUUGUUGUAAAUAAGCACUAAACAGAUCACCAACAGUUAAACAGCAUUUUCAUGUCACCAUGAAGGUGGAAUUGGGGCAGUCAUCACUGAUACUUUCUCCACUAUGAUAGGACAAACAAGAUACCUGCCAGCAUCACAGCCCUCCCUAUUAGGGAGGCACCUCCACCCCUGAGACACAUUAUGCAGCCAGCCCUCUUACCUGGCUAAUGCCAAGCAGUGAUUUGCCCUGUCAAAACCAAUCCUUAUUUUAUUUUUUCUAUAUGAACCUUCUUUGUGCAAUUCCACUAUAAUCUUUACUUUAGCUUUUUGGAGUUGCCUAUUUUCAAAUGAAAAUCAUUGGCUUUGCAAAUGAUUGCAGCAUGUUUUAGGCAGGUUCCAUGGUGAGUGCAUUGUCCCUGCAUUUGUGGUUGAACAAUUUAACACUCAUUUCUAGAGCUUUUGAAUGUAAUGGUGCUGUGAUGUCUUCCUUAGUUCCUUGAGGAUUUCAUUUGUGGUGACUGCAUUACACUAGUGGUGGGAAUUCGGCCCAAGAUGUGUUCUUUCGUUAAGAGCUACAGUGUUUGACAGUAUGUCAGGGAUGAAGCAUGCCUGAGACAAUAAAGUUCUGUAU